GAUGCCAUGCCACGAAGUCACGCCGGAGAGGAGAGCAGCAGCACCGGGCUCUGGCUCAAGACCUCCACGGGACGCAGGGUGCAGGACCAGGCACCGAAGGAUGUGGAGUCCGGCAGGAAGAUUAUGAAUAACAACGCAGCUCAGGACGGUCUCCUGUCUCCCACUCCCACCUCCACCUCCACCUGCACAGGUGUGCCGGGAGAGAGGAAGCAGGGUGCCCGGCUCAGCCUGCUCGGGAAGCCGCUGACCUACAGCGCGCAGAGCGGCCGGAGGAACGCGAGCUACCGGCGGCUGCAGAACUACCUGUACAACGUGCUGGAGAGACCCAGGGAGUGGGCCUUCAUCUACCAUGCCUUUGUGUUCAUCCUGGUGUUUGGAUGUCUGGUUCUCUCCGUGUUUUCAACCAUCCCUGCUCACCAGGAAUUCUCUGCACACUGCCUGCUCAUCCUGGAGUUUGUGAUGAUCGUAGUGUUUGGUCUGGAGUACAUCAUCAGGAUAUGGAGUGCCGGCUGCUGCUGCCGCUACAGAGGCUGGCAGGGACGCCUCCGCUUCGCCAGGAAACCGUUCUGUGUCAUAGACAUUAUCGUUCUCAUCGCCUCGGUUGCCGUGGUUUCGGCCGGUAGCCAGGGUAACAUCUUUGCCACCUCGGCGCUGCGUAGCCUUCGUUUCCUGCAGAUCCUUCGCAUGGUGCGCAUGGACCGCCGGGGGGGAACCUGGAAGCUGCUGGGAUCUGUAGUUUAUGCACACAGCAAGGAGCUGGUGACGGCCUGGUACAUCGGGUUCCUGGUGCUGAUCUUCUCCUCCUUCUUGGUUUAUCUGGUGGAGAAAGAAUUCAACAAGGAGUUCGCCACCUACGCCGAUGCUCUGUGGUGGGGCACGAUCACCCUCACCACCAUCGGCUACGGUGACAAAACCCCUCAGACGUGGACGGGACGCUUGUUAUCCGCCGGUUUUGCUCUGCUGGGGAUCUCCUUCUUCGCUCUGCCGGCGGGCAUCCUCGGGUCAGGAUUCGCCCUCAAAGUGCAGGAGCAACAUCGACAGAAGCACUUUGAAAAGAGGAGGAACCCAGCUGCCAGCCUCAUCCAGUGUGUCUGGCGUAGUUAUGCUGCUGAUGAGAACUCGGUUUCCAUCGCUACCUGGAAGCCUCAUUUGAAGGCGUUGCAUACCUGCAGCCCCGCCAAGAAAGAGCAAGGAGAGACCACUUACAGCCAGAAGUUGAGUUUCAAGGAGCGGGUCCGGAUGGCGAGUCCUCGGGGACAGAGCAUGAAGAGCAGGCAGACGUCCGUCAACGACCGCCAGCGCUCCUCCCCCAACAACGAGGGGGGAGGAAACGCCGAGCUGAUGGGAGGGAGUCCGGCCAAAGUGCAGAAGAGCUGGAGCUUCAACGACCGGACCCGGUUCAGGCCGUCGCUGAGGCUGAAGAGCCAGAGUCGAACCGCUGUCCCAGAUGUAGACGCAGGCAUGACCACGGAGGAUUCCUUCGACGAGAGAGGCUGCCAUUGUGACGUCACCGUGGAGGAUCUGUCCGCUCCGCUCAAGGCCGUCAUCAGAGCUGUGAGGAUCAUGAAGUUCCACGUGGCAAAGAAGAAGUUCAAGGAGACGUUGCGUCCGUACGACGUGAAGGACGUCAUAGAGCAGUACUCUGCAGGACACCUGGACAUGCUCUGUCGCAUCAAGAGCCUUCAGACCAGACUAGACACUGUAGUCGGUCCUCCUCCGAGGCCCUUCAGCAGCCGAGCCAAGACCGUUUCCUCUCCCUCCCUGCAUUUAUAUUACAGCCAGGCCCGGAGGAAGCAGUCCGCACCGGGGGUGGAUCAGAUUCUGGGAAAAGGCCAGAUUCCUGUGGAUAAGAAGAUAAGGGACAAACUUAAUCCAGAUGGAGAUUCUCUGGAGGGCAUGAGCAUGCUGGGCCGUGUGUGUAAGGUGGAGAGACAGGUUACCUCCAUUGAAUCAAAGUUGGACUCUUUGCUGGACGUCUACCGUCAGGUCCUACAGAAAGGCCCCGCGGCGCUCACCCUCUCCUCCCUGCCCCUGUUUGAGCUGGACCACCACCAGCACCGCCACUCUGACUACCAGACCUCCAUCAUCGGCCGGGACCUCCCCUCUCCCCAGGGAGGAGAUCCCGUAGGAGGUGGGCGAGACGGCAGCGGGGGAAUACGCCGUUCUCUCAGCGCCAACCACAGGGGGCUGCGUCUCAUCCUGGCGCCCGCCGACGACGAUGAAGGCCCCCCGGACUCAGCACCUCCAUCCUACCCCCCGUCCACAGCCUCGCUCUCCCCGUCACCCCUGCUGCCUCCCGAUAGCCCCUACCCGACCUUGGUGACCCCCAAUGGAACCUCCAAAAGAGCCCACUUCCCCGACCUGCCACCCCCGCCUCCCUCGACUGGGGGUUUCACCCUGCGGCUGCCCCCAACGCUGCACCCCUCCCACCUCCGGAUCUGCGCUGAGCAGGUACCAGAUGAUGUGACGGAUGAGGGAAGCCUGGGCCCCUCUGUUGUUGUGGGAUCCAGUCUGGAUGCGGACCAGGAAGGGGACAGCGAGGCGAGCCCCCCCCACAGAGGGGUGACCCUGCGGGAGAAAACUGGCUUGAAAUCCGAGGGGGUCUGGAGGAGGCACAUGAGCCUGGAGGUGAACCCCCUGCUGCUGCUCUCAUCCAGCCCGGACGAGAGGCCUUCGGACUGGGGAGUCGGUCUCGGGAAGUCCGUCUCCGUGAACAAUCUGAGCCAGCCUUUGACCAACCACGCCGGCGGCAGCAGCGGCAGUAGAAGACGUGGCAACGCCCACGGUGACCUCAGCAACUGGGACGGGACACAACUCUUCAUUAGUGAUUGCAAACUAGAGCCAGAGGGAGAACAUUUCAACUUCCUGUCCCAGGGACCCGACAGCAGCCCCUCAGACCUCUUACAGACUGCAGAGACGUCUGCUGCUCUCCCAAAGGGAAACUCCGACUUCCUCAGUCAGGCCCCACACAUACAGCUGGCAUAA